AUGACUAAAGGUUUUCAAGAUAAACUAGGUCAAGGAGGCUACGGUUCUGUUUACAAAGGCAAGCUUCGAAGUGGCCUUCAUGUAGCAGUCAAACUCCUGGGAAAAUCGGAGCGAAAAGGGCAGGACUUUAUGAAUGAAAUUGCAACAAUUGGAAGGAUACAUCAUGUAAAUGUUGUUAAACUAGCUGGAUACUGUGCACAUGGGUCCAAACUUGCUCUUGUCUUUGAUUUCAUGACUAAUGGUUCUCUUGAGAAGUAUCUUUUCAAUCGAGAUAACAUGAAAACUUUGAAUUGGGACACAAAGUUUGAGAUUGCAGUUGGGGUUGCUCGUGGGAUUGAGUAUUUGCAUCGAGGCUGCGAUAUUCAGAUUCUACAUUUCGACAUCAAGCCUCAUAAUAUACUACUAGAUGAUAAAUUCGUCCCCAAAAUAACUGAUUUCGGGUUAGCAAAGUUUUGCUCUACAGGUAAAAGUACAGUAAGCUUGACUACAGCGAGAGGAACCAUAGGAUAUGUUGCUCCUGAACUGAUCAACAGAAGUAUGGGAGCAGUUUCUUUCAAGGCAGACGUGUAUAGUUUCGGAAUGUUAUUGAUUGAUAUGGUGGGCUUGAAGAGAGACUUGAGAAGAAAGAAUGGCAAUUCGAGCAAGUAUUUUCCAUACUGGAUAUAUGAUUGUUUUGAGCAAGGUAAGGAUAUUGAAAUUGAAGAAGCGGAAUGUGAUGAUGAGAAUUCGAGUAGAAAGAGUAUUGUUAAAAAGAUGACCAUAGUUGCAUUGUGGUGCAUAUUGAUGAGUCCAGAUGAUCGUCCAUCAAUGAAUAACGUGUUAGAGAUGCUGGAAGGUGAUGUUGAACGUUUGCAAAUUCCGUCUCAAUCGACUCAAAAUGGAGUGGGUUUUGAUCAGAUCGAAAUUACAUCUUCCUCUGAUUCUGUUUCCUUAUUUCAUAAUGAGGAUGCUUCAAUAUGCGUGGAGAACCAUAUGUGA